AGCUGUGUCAGGGGAGGUUUAGGCUGGAUAUCAGGAAAAGGUUCUUCAUCCAGGGGGUGGCUGGGCACUGAACAGGCUCCUCAGAGAAGUGGUCACAGCCCCAAACCUGACUGAUUUUUAGAAGAAGUGCUUGGACAGCACAUGGUGUGACUCUUGGGGAUGUCCUGUGCAGGGCCAGGAGUUGGGCUCAGUGAUCCUUGUGGGUCCCUUCUGACUCACAUUGUUCAUAUUAUUCUGUGAUUCUGUGCAGAUGUGUUUGGAAAUUUAGAACUUGUGUUUUGCCAGAAGUGGAACAAGGACUUCUGAAAUAGGUCAUAGUGUGCAUUGGAUUUGGCUUAGGGAGUUGGGGGGUGGGAGAGGAGCUAGAUUCCUGGAUUUUUUUAAUAGCUGAAGUAAUGAGAUUAGUUUGAGAAUAAGAAUAUAAAAGCUAGAUAUCUUUUUGCUAUCUUUCAGCCAUUAGGAAAUUGAUUCCUUACCACCAAACUGUUGCUGACACUCAUGGCGCUACAAAUACAAAAACACUUGCUAUUCACCAUGUGUUGUAUCAUGUUAGCUACAUGUGUUUUAAAUAGCACUUUGUUAUUUUCUUAGCAAUUCCUUCGUCUGUCUGUCACUGCUUGUGUGUGGCAGCUGCACAGGUGCUAAUAGGAACAUGGGCAUGUUCUUAGAGUGGUCUGUCACUGUCACUGCCCCCAGUGACUGUCACCAGACGUUUGCCUCUGGCUGACUGCAGUGUGUGAAUGUCCCUGUUUUCUGUAUUCCAGAGUUGCACAGAAGAAUGUCAGUCAGCCUGAUGGAGCUGGUAUGUGGAUGUAGAUUGUUUAUGUGGCUUCUUCCAAUAAUGCAUUAGCUGGAAUGGAGAGCAUGCUAUCACUCAGGAGAAUAAUUGUAGGGUUGGCAGAUAUGUCUUGUAGCGAACGUGUAAAGCCCUAAUACAUUAGACUUAUCAUGGAAGGUUAAUAGAUAAUGUCAUGACUGAUAAAUACUUUCAUGGGAAAUAAAGCUUAUCAUCAGCCUAGCAAACAGAGAUAUUAAAAGUUUUGUGUUUUGAAAAGUAGUACAUACAGCAGACAAGAAAGUUACAUCUCUUUAAAAGUCAAAAUCCUUAAAAAAAUUUAAGAGCUGUGGUGGAGUCUCCAUCACUGGGGUGGGAUGAUUUUUCAGUCUGAGGACUGCCCCUGACACUAGAAUUGCUCAGAGACUCAUCCAAUUCGUUUAUGAAGGAGACUCGGCAGAGUCAUCAUGGCUCCUUCUUGCUCUGUGACCUGAGGACCUAAAACAGAAGGUGAUAAUUUAACUUGAAAAGUUGUCAGUCUAACUUUGAAGUGUAAAUAAAAUUCAUAUAAAACAAAAGCAGGGAUUUUUUUUCUAGAUUUGUUCAAACUGAUUAAUUUAGGACUGAGUAAUUUUAAAGUUGUGUUGUUCCAGGGGUCUUGGGAAGACAGGAAAACCAGUGCACCAAUGGAGUUUAUUAAAACAGCAAGCUCAGGACAAUAUUAUAGCUUGAUAGCUUCUUUCCCUUUUUUUUUUUUUUUUUUUUUAAUGACUUACACUUUAUCUAUUGCUUUCUUAUCCAUUGCUGGAUCUUGAAAACUAGCUUUAAAAUUGAGUUAAGAAAACAUUAGACUACUUUUGAGAGUUCUAACAUCAGACUUCCUAUGACCUCUGAAAAUGCUAAGAUAUAUUUCUAAAGUACUUUGAGGUAUGAUUAAAACAAGGCUGUAGGUAAGUCUAGAGGUAUUGUUAAUGGAACAUUUCCAAGGAUGUCAAAUGCAGAAUUUUGAAAAGCAUUUUUUCCUCAAUUUUUGUAUUUUAAUAAGGCAAAAUGCUGAGUGAGGGGUGUUACUUAUUUUAGAGUACAAAAAGGAAGGUGGACUAAGGAAGCAUUUUCUCAGUGGUUUCAGUCUACAAAAGAGCAUCUUUUACCAAGAAUUUCAUUUUUCAGUUUUUCAUUCUUCACUUUUAGGAAAAGAAAAUCAUCAUAGCAUGGGUUUUUUUCCCCCCCAUCAAAUUACUAAUUUAUUCAGAAAAGCUAUUUCUGGUAUGUGUUAAAAAUCCUGUUAAAACAUCAAAGCCAUGACUGAUUUUACUCUCACCUGACUGAGUGGGACUUAACUCUGCUCUAGACAACCUGCAGGGAUAGAGCUGACUGAUACCACUGGAACUGUGUCACUUUGGGUUGGUGUAGUCUCCACAGUGCAAUGAAGAGUGUGAUAUAAUUCCAGGAGCCUCUCAGGGAUGUGGUGCAGCAGUAGGUGAGGAGGGGAGUUUGGGGGGAGUUUUCCCAGCUCUGCUGGUGACUGUGGGAACUCCAGGGCAUUGCAAGAGUGGGGCAUAGACAUCUGGGGGGCAUUCAGGCUGUGCGGAGGGGGUCUGUUCUGGGUGUCUGGCAACACAGCCUUACCAAUGCUCUCAUUUGCACCAUGAGAGCAAAAUAGUGCUUGAGUUGUAAAAUAAAAUGUUAGUGAGGUCCAAAGGCCUGUGGAUGUGAACAAUCUUGUACCCAGACCAAUUAAUGGCUAACUCUCAUUUUCCUUACUGCAGUAUCAAGUUACUUUAAAAGCAGUGUAUUUCAGUUUGGACCUUGACUUUGAAAUCUUGAGGAAGAGGCUAAGCAUAUUUAAAAGAAAACACAAGUCCUUUCCAUAUCCUGAACAAUAUGGACAGCAUGUCAUAAACAAACAAAAGGUGAAAGCUUUGACUGCAGUAUAACAUAGCAUACUUGACUACCCCUUCUGAACAGUGAGUUUUUAGUGAAAUGUCUCGGUUUCACUGAGAGCCAGAGUAUCUUAUGUGCUGAGGAGAAGGUUUUGGAGACUACAAUUCAAGCAGGCUGAAAUUUCUCUGCUGGUUACUAUGGCUUCUGGAUGUGCUGUUGGCUGAAGUAGUGUGUGCAUGUGUAUCUGUAUGUUUAGGUUUCCAAAAAAGCAUUUAAUGGCAGUAAAAUUAUAUUAGUAACCUGAAACUUCAGGAGGUGGUCAGGUUCAGGACAUUAACAGAGCAUCAAUUUUUAUCAGUUCCCUCUGAAUGACAGGUGGUGCAGGAGGAGAAGAGGUUGAAGCCUUUCUUUAUAGCCUAUGUGCAUAUGCAAAUUUUUCUGUCUGUAAUAGGAAAGGCACUGACAAGUACUCCUACCAAUUACUCCUAAUUGUUUCAUUUGGAUCAGCUGGAUUGAUCCAACAGAUGCUAUUUAGCAUGAGAUGCACAAGCUAAAUUAAACUCUCUCUGUCAUUUGACUAGGCUGAUAGUUAAACUCACUCCUCUUCAAGCACAUUUUGCUAUUUGCACUGUAAGAUAUUUGUGCAUAUUUAUGCCUGAAGUGAUCCUUGGGACCUCUGACUUACCUCAUUAAAUAAAGAAUACUUUUAGGGGCUGUGUAGAAGGGCUGAUAUCACUUUAGCAAUAUGACAGGUGAUACAUUGUAAGUAUUAUCAUAAUCACCAAAGAUAUUAAAAUGGAUGUCUUCCCCCUAGGAGGAUUUCAGAAUCUUGAAAAACAUUGAAUAUUCUUAAAUGCCCAGCAGUUCCAAACUUGACAUUCUUUGUGUUAGAUGGGAAAAACUUCCCAAAACCAUUAAGUAACUGUACAGAACCUUUAUAAUUAUAUUUGGCAAAGGAUAGAUAAGGAUACAGUAUUUGGAUUUUUUAAAACUUCAUUUAAUUAACUUUUCUAUUAUUUAAUACUUGUAACACUAAUAUAAAAUGAUGACCCCUUCUAUCAUUCUGUUUAGCAUUUCACGGGAUUAAACAGGAUUUUUGGUCUGGACUAUACAAUGGGAUUCCUUAAGGUUUUUCUUCUCAUUAGCACUGAUGACUGAAGGAAGCUGAAUAUCUCAGAAGGCAAAUCGUCCUGAAAGCACACAGUCCAUGGCCUCUGGGAGACCAUUACUUCACUUGGGAAUGGUGAUGACCAAACCAACUGUCUCUUGACUUUUGACUCUGUACUCUGCUCUCGGUCUGACUGUGCCACUUCUUGCUCCCAGACCUAUCUCCGCACCACAGUUCAGGAAAAUGUGGAGCCUGCUUAAAAUCCUGAUCCUCUUUUGGGACUCUCUCACUUCUCCCUGUGGGUGUUUAGGCAUAAAGAGGAAUACUCCAAAAGCUUGACGUUUGGGUGACUAAGUCUGUAGUCUGUAGUAUAUUUUGCUUUCAUAAAGAUUUCCUUCUAAAUCUCAUAUGUUAGCAAGGCUGCUGAGUUUCAUUACUCAGUUACAUUUCUCUCUGCUUUUCUGAAACCCUCUAUUAACCUUGGGAUUAUAUUUAAAUUUAAUUUUCAGGUUUAAAUUUCAGCAGGAUAAUACCUGUGUCCAGUUGUGGGAGGGGGAAAAAUCAAUUACAACAAAUAGACUAAAAUGCCAAAUCUAAUACAUAAAACUCAGCAGUGGGAUGAUGAAAUAUAAGCGAUGAAAUGUUCUUUUUGCAGAACACACCUAUUUUCUAUAUUUACUGCCUUGAGGAAAAGUGGAAAUAGGAUGAUUGCAUUUUCCUGAUUGUUGGGGGCUGAUUUUUAAGCUGUAACAUUGAAAGGAUAACUUUCCUUUUCUUCUUUUAAUUGAAGAGACUGGCAAACCAGACCUUGAGCUCCAUCUUAUCCUUUAGGAUUGUAGAAGUUUGUAAUAGCAGCAUUAAAACUUCUCCAAAUGGAAAACAAAUGGGACCAUCAGGGUGUGGAAGAACCAGGAGGGAUAACAGGAGAUGAGCUAUAGGAAAAGCAGAUGCUGAUUAUGGACACCCAUAACAGGAAACAAGAUGAAACAAAAUAAAGCAAGGGGCAUCCUAAAAAAACAGACAAUCUAAAGAAAAAGAAAAUAUUCAAUGAUUUGGUCUGGUAGGGACCUAAAAGAUCCAACUCCCUCUCCUCCCUCCUUAAGCUUGUAUGCCACAAGCUAUCCCAGGUUGCACAUCCAACCUGGCCUUGAACAUUUCCAGGGAUAUGGGACAUCCACAACUUCCCUGGACAAGAUGUGCCAGUGCCUCACCACUCUCACAGGAAAGAAUAUCCAAUCUAAAUCUCUUUUUAAUUUAAAACCCUUGUCCUAGCACUAUUUACCCAUGAAAAAGCCCUUCUCCCUCUUUUUUAUAAGGCCACUUUAUGUACUGGAAGGCUGCAGUAAAGUCUCCCCAAAGUUUUCUCUUCCCCAGGCUGAACAACCCCAGCUCUCUUAGCCUGUCUUUGUAGGAGGUGCUUGAGACCCCGAUCCUCUCUGUGGCCUCCUCUAGGCUCACUUCAAGACAUCAUCCUCAUGUUGAGGACUCCAGAACUGGACACAGUGAUCCAGGUGGAAUCUCUCAAGGGCAGAGUAGAGAGACAGAAUCCUCUCCCUUGCCCUGCUGGCCGUGCAGCCCUGGACAUGGUUAGCUUUCUGCACUGUGAGCACACAUUGCCAGGUUAUGUCCAGCUUUUCAUACAUGGCAACCCCUAAAUGCCAGUAAGAAGGACAAACCCUCUUCAGCAGCUUCCAGGUAAAAAGACUAGAUAAGCAAGACCUAAUGCUUCAUGAAAGUGGAACCGAUAUGAAGCAGUACAAGACUCUCCAAAAGCAGCACCUGAAGGCUAACCUAGGGAUGAGGAGAUGGUGGGGGCUGAUAAGCUGGCAUCCAUUUCAUUGCUGCAAGAAAACUUGGCCAAAGCACUGUGAUAUAUGUGGGUAUAGGUAAGUCAGAUAAUUUAACACAGAGCAUGGCACUUGUAAGAAGGUGGGUGUCAGAGUGUUGAUGUAUGUUUUAAAAUAUAAUUACUUGCCCCUUCUAUAGGUGUUGGAUUGAAUUUUGCUGCACUGCUGCUAGUGAGAAGCAAUGUUAAUUACCACAAAAUCUCUGGCUUAAGAGUUCAACUACAGGUCUCCAAGUAUAGUUCCCUGCCUCACUGUUAAUUUGUGUGCUGUCCUGAACCCAUGAAUAAUCACAUAUGUCAAAGCUCAUGUUUACCCUCUAAUUUGUUUACAUCCUUCCCUGCUAUCCCACUUACACAAAGAAAAAAAAUUCUGGCUCUACCAGGAGAGGUGAUUGCCCUCUUCUGUUCUGUAUCAGGUAAAAAAAUCAUACCUGAGAGUCUGGUGACACAUUGAGAAGGUAGCUGUCUCACUGCUAGGAUAACUUCCAGAAUGGGUAGGGUUGUUUGGAGUUUAUUUUAUUUGUUUCUUUGGGUAUGUUUUCUUUUUUUGUUUGAAAAGAGUUCUAAAACCAGGAUAAAAGUGUUCAAAAAAUGUGAGAAAACUUAACCUUCCUGGUAUUUCUGAACUACUUAGGGAUUUUUUUCUUAUUUUGAAAUGUAUUCAUAAAAACUACAAAAUGGGAAGAUCUGAGAAAAAUGCAAAGUUUCAGCUGUUUCGUAACAUGCCCUGACAUUCCUUUUAGAUAUAUAUAUAGAAGAAGUAUAUUCUGUGUAUGCAUAUAUACACAAACAAAAAGGACUAGGUUUUCUUUAUUUUCUUGAAGUUGAGAACACUGACAAAAAUCCCAGUCUGGAAACCCUGAACUGAGAUCCACACAAUGUUACUUAUCCUCCUUAUCUCCAUUUUUUUUGUUUUUGUUUUUGUCUUUUCUAUUGAGAUAAGGCUUCCAGGAGCAGGCCUGGCCACCAUCCAGGCCUGGAGCAGUGUUCAGCACACAGGAGCCUUUCUUGCUGAGCCCUGAAGCGCUACUCCGAUAGCAGGCUAAAUAACUAGUAAAAGGUGGAAGGUACCCAAGCCCAGCACUGUCUUUAUAAACACCUUUAUUGUGUCUUGUGUCUUGAGAGGUUUCUGGAGUGUGUUGGUGAUACCCUCCUGUAUAGAUGAAUUGGCUGAUGAGGGAAGAUGCUCUGCUGGACCACUUAACUUACAAACAAGGCAGUAUUGUACAGAUGUGUGAUAACUGGGGGCAGCUUUGGCUGGCAACCCUGGGAGAGUGGAGUUCAGGAUUCUGAGAAGAGGGAAAAAGGCAAAAGUCAAGGUUCAAGCCUUGAUUUCAGGAGAACAGAUUUCAGCAUGAUCCUGCUUGGGAAAAUCUGGAAGGCCCUGGAUGGAAGAGGCAUCAAGGAGAGCCAAUUGAUUUUCAAGAAUAACCUCCUCCAAGUUUAAGAAUGAUCCAUCUCCACAUGUAGCAAAUCAAGCAAAAGCAGCAGGAGGCCUGCAAGGAUGAAUAAGGAGCUUCUGACUAAACUCAAAAAUAAAAAAAGAAAUACAGAAAAGAGAUGCAAGGGACAGGUGACUGGGGAUGGAUAUAUAUACACUAUCUGAGCCUUGGUAAGAUCUGAUUAUCAAAAUGAUUAGAGAGAUGCCCCUGCCCAAAUUAAGGUGCAAAUGAAACCAUAGACUGAAGUGAAUGUAUGAUUUUAUUUAACAGUAAACGUGAGGCAGAGAGAGAAAGAAGUAUAAAAAGAGAUGAGAAGGGAGAGAGAGUGUCAAUCGAUUAAGUAGAAAAAUGUCACUACUCCAUGGAUUGCAAUGGCAUCCCAUUGGUCCUCUUCUUGUCUUCCCAAUCACAGGGUCCCGCAAAACUCAGAUUCAGUGGACUAAUAUACGUUCAGACCAGGUGGGAGCACCCAGGUUCCUCCCAUGGUAUCUUCAGAAAGAGAAAGAAUGAGAAUCAAUGGAACUACAGGCUGGCUGGCAGGAUUCCUCGGGCAGAGCAUGCAAUCAGUUUGCAGGGAGCAGCCGCAGCCACAGGAAAGAUGCAGAAGCACAACCAGAAGGAGCACCUCUACAAGCUGCUGGUGAUCGGGGACCUGGGAGUGGGCAAAACCAGCAUCAUCAAGCGCUAUGUCCACCAGAACUUCUCCCCCCACUACCGGGCCACCAUCGGGGUGGACUUUGCUUUGAAGGUGCUGAACUGGGAUGCUGAGACUGUGGUACGGCUGCAGCUCUGGGAUAUUGCGGGACAGGAAAGAUUUGGAAACAUGACCAGGGUGUAUUACAGAGAGGCCAUGGGGGCAUUUAUUGUCUUUGAUGUUACAAGACCUGCAACAUUUGAAGCAGUGACAAAAUGGAAAGAGGAUUUGGACUCUAAGUUGGUUCUUCCAAAUGGCAAACCUGUGCCAGCAGUCCUAUUAGCAAACAAAUGUGACCAGGGAAUAGAUGUUCUUAUGAACAACGGCAUCAAGAUGGAUCAGUUCUGCAAAGAGAAUGGGUUUGUGGGCUGGUUUGAAACAUCGGCCAAGGAAAAUAUAAACAUCAAUGAAGCUUCCAGAUGCUUGGUGAAACACAUAAUUGCUAGUGAGAGUGAUCCAGUUCAGUCGGUUGAACCAGAUAUUAUAAAACCACACUUGAAUUCCUCCAAGAUUGUCAGUUGUUCAUCUUGCUUUAAAUCCUAAGAGACUUCCAGACUAUUAGAAGAGCUGAACAACUAUGAUUCACAAUUUAUGCUUUAUUCAACGAAACAAGCCUGCCCACAUUGUCCCUAAGCAGAUUGUAAUUUUCUCAAAAAUAUAUUUAAAUUUUUCUUUUUUUUUUUCAGCUAAAAUUUAUUAUGAGGUGUUCAUUGAUAGCAACUAUUCAAAACUCUCUAUGGCUAUUGGUCAAGUAAGACUCACGGUGAUGGCUGUGUUUUCCCAUUUGGGUGUUACCGGUCAUAUCAAAACUCAUUUCUUUGUCAUGAGGUUUCUGAAAAUUCAUAUUUGUGAUGGGCUGCAGCAGCACCCUACUUGUCCAUUGAUUUCCAGGAUGUUUUGUCAAUACCUUGACCAGGCAAGCGUCAUCAUUGCACUCUUUGUCACCCCUCAAACUUGAAUGAUCUUGUUUCAUAUGAGGAAGAUUAUGAUGAAAAUGAAAAUUGAGCUGUUCAGAAAGAGACACCAAGAAUGCUCACAGUUAAAUAUUUCCAUUGCAAGUUCAGUCUCCUGGAUGUAGUGACAGGACUGAACAUGAAGGAGCAUUUCACAUCCUUCACUUCUCCAGAAGAUCUGAGCUUCCGAGUCUGAUGAAGAAUUGGUUGCCUCUUUCUGAGGAGUUGAAUUCUCAUAGUUGAUAGAAUUAUCUUAGAUGAAGCAAAAUGGAACAAGUCAAGAGUAAGAGAUGACAAAACAGGCAAUCAGGGGUAGAGUUGCCUGGGUAAGCAGAUCAGGGUUUUCAGAAAGAGUUAUUGAUUCUUUAAACCAGCAUUUCCUUUAGAAAGCCCAUAUUGAUUUUUUUCCUGUCUCUGUCAUGCCACAGAUAUCCCCAUGUGUUUAAACUGUGUAUUCUGUAAGUCCUAACAUGCAUCCCUUCAUUAUGUUUAUUCUCAUGGAAAAAUUCACUAUCCAGACUCUAAGAUACCAGCAGAACUUUUCAGGAAUCCAUCUGUGUUGAGUAGAAGGGUAUUUGCUUUCUGAAAACAUUCUUCUAAAAUGCAUAUGAAUCAUCACAGGAAGCAAGCAAAAUGAAACAGUCUUAAGAGACACUCCUGGAAGAUGUGAAGAAUUUAUUGAGCCAUAAUGUGGAAAUGAAAUUGUUGAUUUUCAGCAUCUCACAAAAAAUGCAAGUUGGUGGAGUCUUUCAGAGAAGUGUGUAAAGACAAGAAGUCUUGACAUCUGGCUGCAAACCCUUCAAGACAAACGUUGCCUCUAUCUUGCCACAGAAAAAUCACUUGCAUUUUCUGUUCUUACUCAGACUUUUCCUUCCUAAGCUGUGAAUUCUCAGUUGCAGGAGCUGUCUUCAGAGAUGAGUUCCUCUUCUUAUAGAGGUGUGACAGCAUGGAAGGGAGGAGACAAAAUCACAUGCUGCCGUAUGUUUGCAGAUUUCACUGCAAUACUUUACUGGACGCUUAGUUGGAAAGGAAGGAGUGAAAAUCUCAGUCUAGUGAAUAUCUGCUGCAUAGGAAAAAUGAAAAAAAAAAAAAAAAAAAAGAAAAAUUCCUCAAGCUGACCUUAUACUGUGAACCUAUGAGGUUCAUGUGCCUGUAAAAUUAAUCCUACUUGGCAAUGUAAGGUGUAUGUUUGGACUCAAAGUUCUUUUCCAGCCUAAAUGAUUCUGUGACUUUGUGCCUUUGCCACUAAAUGCUCUGUUACUAUAUAGGCACUGCAGACAAGAGCUAUGUUUCACUCCCUGGAGAACCAGGCACAGAGACAUAGCUCUUUAUGUGCUCUUCCUAAAGUCUUCCAUUUUUCUCACAGAAUUUUGGAAUAAGAAAGCAAGGUCUCCAUUUUUAAAAAUAAAAAUUCAUGUCCAGCAUUAAUCUGCACAGACAUAGAUGUAUGGAUACAUAUGUAUAAUGAGCUGGCUUUUUUGAGAAUAAUUCUCAAGUUGUCUUGAAUGCUGUGUCUUCGUUUAAUACCUGGGUUAAACAUUCUUUAACUCCUGCUGUGAUCUGUGUCAAAUACCUUAAGCUUCCUGCCUCAGUUUCCUCAUCUGUAAAACAGGGAUCUAUGUACACACCUACCUCACAGCACUCCCAGAAAGUUACUGUUGGUGCCGUGCUUUGGGGAUGCACGUUCUACAAAUGCCAAGCUCUGAUACUGCUCAGAACGAAAUAUGAGUGCCCUCUAGCAUAAAUACAUGGUGCUGUAAAGCCUUAGUGUUCUAAAUCUAUCAAAAGCUUGCCUGUGCUACAAAAAUUAUCUUCACUUAUUCCACCUCAGUUAAGCUGGUCAAGGUUAUAAAGCAACGUGUGACUACAUGGGCUGAUCAGAUUGGCCGCAGAUGGUCGGCAAACGGAAACUGUGGCUGCACAGAUGUCAUGGCACUCAUUUAAUAAUCUCAGCAACAAAGCUGCAAUUCAGAGCUAGUGCCACAUCAGUUGUUUCAGAUUUAAAGCAUUAUUUAAGUCAAGUCAUAUAGGUGCCUUACUAAGGAUAACACCUCAUAUCUUGAGACAACACUGUGGAGACUACAAGGAACUGGAUGCUUCAGAUAGCUUCUAAAGGGCUAAUUUUUCAUGGGUUGAGCCCCGUACUCCACUUAUGAAUCUGUAGGUCUCAGGUGAAGCAGAUGAAAUUGCCAUACUUUUAUGCCCAACUCACAACAAACCCAGCAGUUCCUAAUGUGCUGUGCUUAUCUUCUUAUCACCUUCAUUUGGUGGCUUCUAGCAAUAUCACUAAGCAUAAUGGGAAAUUCCACAAGACUUUGAGAGCUAUGGCGAAUGAUCUGGUAUAACAGUAAUUAAAACAACCCUGCAUAAAUAAAACACUUAAAUUACAUAUAGAGAUAUUUUUGUUCUGCAGUCUAUUGUGCAAUAAAUCAGCUUUUAAAUAUGGGCUCAUUAUCUGUUCCAUAAUGUUUGUCAUGUCAGGUUCCACUGCAGUCACUUCUUGGGCAGAUUUUCCAACUCUGGUAGAUGGAGGACAGAGUGUGGCCAAUUGCUAGACUAAGGAAUCAAAAAUCAGUCCUCCUUAGGAGGUUACAUAAUUACAUAUAUUCAUUUUUAUUUGUACUAAAGUGAUAAAAAUCUGUCAAGGAUUUUUCUAUACCUCAAUAAAUGUGUGAAUGUAACCUGAAUAUCUAGCAAACAGAGCCUUUUUAGAGGAGGUUGUUGUAGACAGGUCAGAAUAAAAGCUUUAAUUUAGAAUUAAUGAGCUCAGUUUUUUGCCAAUACCCUUUCAGGAAAUAUAAAGUUUAAUUAUACUGUGUCAGUACCUAACAGCUUGGAUUUCCUUGGGUUUUUUGAUACACUCUGUGCUAUGUCCUCUGCUGGUUACCAGGGAUGAGGCAUCUUAAUCACACAUCCAUUUCAAAACUAAACAUUUUCCCAUUCUGUUUGCAAUAAGUAAUGAAUGAUGAGUCUCUAUUGCCUUGCAAAUGGGCAAAGGUACUGAAAAGUGGAAUUAAAAUUCAUUUUCAUUGUAGGUCUCCAAAUAUGCCCCUCUGGAUAUCCCAACGCUUCAAACCACAUGUUGAUGAGCAAAGGAGGUGCUGGACAUGAGAGAUCACCCCAAAACACUCAAAGAAAACAGUGAUUGAAACUCUUCACCCCCAGACAUCUGCAACACUAGUAAUGACAGAAUGUUUUUCAUUUUCUGUAUUGAAGCUCCAUACAAAUAAAACAUCAUGACCCUAAAUACUUUGGGUAGCAUAGACAUAUAUGCAUUUAGCUUGAAUUGUUGUACAUCAAUAUUUUAUCUUCGUAUUUCUUUUUCUGUUUUAACCUACAUGACUCUAUAAAAUGGGGAGGGAGGGAGGGAGGGAAGGAGAAUGUUCACCUUUAAACAGCAGUGUUGUUUUACUUCUUGAAACACCUUUUCUAGCUGGAUGAAGUGAAACUGGUAACAGAUGUGAGAACUGAAUUUAGUGUCAAUUACCAGGAAACAGCCAAUCAAAAUAUGUUUUACUGCACCAAUAUUUAUGCAUGUGACUGCAGGUUCUAUUGUAAUAAAAGAUGGUAUUUCUGACAAAA